AUGUCGCCGUCCCCAACGCUGGCCCCGGCGGGCAGCAGCUCUUACUCUUCAAAUUCAAUGACAGUAGGGGAUGGAACAUGGGACACUACAAAGAACACGUUCCUGCUACCGAACCUUGUGGGAUUAAACUUCGCAACAAUGCGGUACAACGGCAUGGGAAACCGUUUCGCACAACAACCCCAUUACCAUGACCUUAUCAGGGCCCACGGAAUCAUUGCGGCAAUCACAUUCCUCGCUAUUGUCCCUGCUGCUAUUCUGAUAGUACGGUUCUACGGCCGAAACCCUAGAUGGGCGUUGAGGUUCCAUAUAUGGCUACAGAUUUUGACACUCCUUCUAACGACGGUAAUAUUUGUUUUGGGAUGGUUUGCCGUAGGACCCUCAAGAAGCUUAACGAAUCCUCACCAUGGAAUUGGGUUGGCAAUAUACGUUUUGGUUCUCUUCCAAUUCAUUGGGGGUUGGUGGGUUCACCGUAGAGAGAAGAUGAAGAGGAGAUUAUAUGAGCCAUUGAAGGUUAUGUUCCACCACUGGAUUGGUCGCUUGAUCGCUCUUCUAGGGCUCGCACAGAUACCUUUGGGACUUACACUUUACGGGUCUCCUCUUGCACCGUUUGUACUAUAUGCAUUAGCCGUCUUUGUGCUUCUUGUCACUUAUUUCAUCUUGACGCAUCUGCGAGAAAGACGAGGUGGAAAUGACUACGACAGUCGAUACAGCUAUGGUACAGGAAGCGUGGUAGAAGACCGACGACCUGGGCGAAAUGAAGGGCGCACAGGAGGUCGGACAGGGAACCUAGUCAAAGGCGCAAUAGCCGGCGUAGGCCUGUACGCACUCGCCGACCGAUUCCGGCGUCGAAGAUCAAAAAGCCGAAUUGAUCCUGUCGGCGCACCUGGCGUUGGUCCUGGUGGUGGCCCCGAAGUGGUUGGACAUGGAAGGCAUUCGAGCUCCUACGUUGAGGACGAAAAAUACUCCGACUACAGCAGAGAUCAUGAGGGAGAUGGUGUAUGGGAAGACAGGUUAUUAAGGAUCGCCGCCCCAAUUGGAGCAGCGGGAUUGGUUGCGAGAUAUUUUGAUCGGAGGUAUCGGGAUCGAGAUAGUGAUGUUGGAGAGUACGGUCCACCUCUCGGAGGAGCUACCGCAAUCAAUGAAGGUAGACAUGGUGAAGGUCGACUACCUCCUGGCGGGCCGAUCCCUCUCAAUCAGCCCCUACCAGAGAAUCGGCACCCUCUCAAUCAACCUUUCCCUGACGGCCAGCAUCCUCUCAAUGAACCCUUUCCUCACGGACAACGACCUCCCAAUCAACAUCUCCCUAUCGGCCAACGAUCUCCCAAUCGCCGCCCAAGUGAUUUGACCUACUCUAAUUAUGGAAGCGCCAGCGGCGAACCUCGAAGAGGACAUGGCUUACGAGAUGGCAUUGCAACCCUUGGCGUGUUAGGUUUGGCACGGAGCAUUUUCAACAGAAGACGAGAACGCAACCAAGAUCAGCAGCUUGCGGAAGAACAAGAAGCUCGAGUCCACGGUGGACACCUUACAGGCGACGGCCGUCCUCCUCGCCACCACCGACCUGGUUCAUCAAGCAUUAGCAGCGAUACUACGUCAUUGACUGGCAUUAACCGUCCCCAUCACGGUAGUGGAAUUCCACCAACCCCAGCAGGUGCAUACCCUGCAGGCGCUGCUGGGGCUGCCGUAGCUACCCACGAGCGCGAUAGGAACCGCAACGAAGAGUUGCCUUUAGGUGGCAUACCCCGUAAUGGACAGGUCGCUAUGCCACCAAUACCACCCGAUCCGCACGGUAUUUUCCAUGCUGAUUCUUCUGGUUCCGAAGUAUACAUCGGCGAAGAUGGUAGAAAUCAUUGGCGGCACCAUGCCGGUCGUGACGCUGCUGCAGCAGGUAUAGCAGGAGGAGCAACCGGUCUGGCUGCUGCAGAAGCUCCAGAAGCGUCGUCUAGUCGCCGAGAUCGACGAGACCGUCGUCAGUCAGCCGGUGGAGGCACACCCGGCGUGGCCUCGCGGCCUGUCAGCGUCAAGGUUAAGAUGCACGACCAUGGCCGUCAUGUUACCCUCCGACGACUGCCAGAGGCAGAAGCGGCCGCAGAGCGAGAAGCACGAGAAGCGCGACGACGUUCCCAAGAGCGAUCUGGUAGGCGUAGAGGAGACAGCGCCAGCUCCCUCAGUGGUACGGACGGCAGUGGAGACCGUUUCAGACGGAACCAAUUUCAGGAGCGACAGCAAGCUGAGGCCAUGAGGAUCGAAUCCGAGAGACUGGCGGCAGCCAGGGCUCAAGCACAGAAGCAGAAGACCUCCAUGAACGUGCCUGCACCUCCGCCAAUACCUGAGAGCUCAUCGAAUCUACGGCCUCCCCGGGCGGCUAGCAUAGGUAGCCCGGGAACAUACGAUGGCAACACCACCGAAGCCAGCGCAGACUAUGCAAAUAAUCGGCGGAGAAGAAGAGCAGAGCGAGCACAGGCGAAGCAAGCGAGAGAAGCAAAGGGUGGGAAGACCGUUGAGUUUGAAUAG